AUGUCGACCGCGCGUAACAAUCUCGACGGCAAUUCUUCGUCUUCAGACUCGGCUGAAUACGCAACCGCGCUCUCAACGCCUGUUAUUUCCACUUUGCGGUCGACAAUGUCUGUCACACCGCCGCCUCAAGACGCACAAUACAGCACUGCAGACGAGCUUGACGCGGACAACGCCAACCUCGCCAAAUCCAGGUCCAAAAACAAACGGUUCCCAACGAUCGACUUGUCCGAUGGCUCUGGCUCCGACUCAAACGAAGGGAUAAGGGCCACGUCAAGUAGUUCUUCCAGCCCCCCUUUGCGACCACCAAGCACGGCCACCUCGAACAAAUUUUCGAGCCUCCCCAAGAUUAUCACUUCCCAAACCUCUGAUUCCUCUUCACCCCACUUUGACUAUUACGACGACGCCUAUGAUAACUGGCAGUUUUCAGCGUCUCAAGAGGAAGAAGCUAGACUCGGGUCCAAGUGGUCGCCUGACAGCGAAUUCAGCGCCGUAAACUCGACGCCGGGCUCUUCCUACAUUGCGUCUUCACCUUUUCCUCGCUCUGCCAGUGGAGGCCCUAGCGCCUCGCGCCGUUCGCCUAUUGCUAAGUGGUCGCCGCUAAGCCCGGACACACACGAAGCGGAUGGUGAACCGGAGGAGGAUGAGGGAGGGCUGAGGCGACCGCACCUCCCACCCCGCGAGACUACAAAUUCCGAGGUGUUCAUUCCCACUGCUCAGUUUCACGAUAGCGUCCAGAGCGAAGGAGGGGACUAUCACUCUCGCGCGCUCCAGAACGUCAAGUCCUACCGGAACGCUUUCUCCCAGUUACCACCAGGUUCAAUCCAGAACGGUGUAGCCCCUUCUCCAAAGCCCGACGCUCCGCCCCAUACUGAUUCAUCUUCAUCUCCUUCCCUCCACGAAUCCGACACCACUGAUGCAUCGUCAACCUCAUCCUCGCAUCAUUCGUCCACUGAAACAGAAACCGAUACGGACUCGGAAGGAGCGUUGAACUAUACGCACGGGCACCCCCUCCAACGCAUGCCCGGAAAGGUCAAAGGUUUCACCUCAACCGCGUACUACCACCACAAACUCCACCCCCCUCUGCCCCGUCAGUUCGCCAAACUCGACCCCGAGAAGUAUCUGCACCACGGGUACCUGGAUCCAUGGCAGCAGCUGCACCUAUUCGGCGAAGCCGAAGACGACUUCGACAGCAGCGACCUCGAGAGUGCGGAGAGCGGCACGACACACACCACCGCAACGCACGAACCAACCGACGAUGAGCUCGAGUACGAGUAUACAUACGACGCGGAGGAGGCGUUGAGCUCGUCUUCGUCGCUGGGUGGUGAUAAAGGAGUGAAGAAGACCAAAUCGAGGAGGGGAAAGUCGUUCCAUCUACCGAUGGCGCAUACGUGGAGCGAGACGGGACACGAUGUGCGCGUUCUCCUGAGGUCGAUUGAGACGCAGAUAGCGUGUCAGCGGCGCAAACUCGGCGAUCCUCCUCUGGCACUGCUGGAUCCCAUCUCCAAUGCGAUGCUCAACGAAGGGCAGUUUCAUGUUGACGCUAGGAACCUCAUAAUCUUCCCACUGCAUACACCCCUCUCGCCCUACACCCCUCCACCCACGAUCAAGCACCUCCCACUAUCGUCCCCCGAACUCCGUCUCUUGCUCGAACUCAACGUUGGUGAAGUCCGGAAUGACCGGUGGAACCAUACACCGCCUAUUCUGGAUGUUUUGUAUGUUUCGGAGGGUGGGGAGAAGGGACUCUCGGGAGUUGAACCUGGGACAGAAACACUCAAGGGCUCGGAUGGCGAUUUGCCCGUCGGGAAGGACACGGAGACUCAGGAAGAUGAUAUGCAUGUGCAACUCGUACUUGGCCGACUCGAGCCCCUUUCCAGCGUCGUUUCCCGGUUCGAAACAGUUGAACAGUACAUUGACCUGUUCAGGCAGUUGCUUUCUGGCCUGGCAUUCCUAAACUCGCAAAGGAUCUACAACCUCAACUGCGCCUCGCCCGAUUCGUUCAUGGUUGACCGCGUCCCCGUCGUCCCGAGUUCGCUUAGGCCAUCGCGUUCGACAGAGUCGUUGAUGAGUGUUUUCUUGUCGAGGGAGGGCGGGAGUGGGUCCGUGGGGAGUGUUAGUGCCGCGUCUACUGGUCUCUCAUCUACCUCCUCAUCGACAUCAAUGGCCGGCAGCGGCAGCGGCAGUGUUACUACCUCCUCCUCCUCCAUCCCGUCGUCCGCCGACUCUGAGUCGCGUGGCUCGACGGACACUGGCAGCGCCUCGACAACAACGGCCGAUUUCUCCACCUCCUCCCCCACCGGCGAAGUUGAAAACUCUGAAUCGGAAUUGGGAUCGGUGGGGAACAGGCCGAUCUAUUACUUUGUGGAUUUUGCGGAUGCGAGGAGGAUGUCGCAUGUUUCUGGUGCGGUUUCUGGUGCUGGAGGUGGGUCGCUGUUGGGUGGGGAGGGAGGGAAGGUGGAGGGUGGAGUGGAGGUCGACGGGGAUGGGGAUGGGGAUGGGGAAGGUGAGGGUGAAGUAGAGGUUGAAGGGGAAGAAGAAGGAGAAGGGAAGAGGGAGAGGGAGAGGGAACGGGAGGAGAAGCAGGAGGAGCGAGAAUCUACCUCGAUUCGUCCUGAAGACGUAGAGGAACCGCAGCCAACGCCUACUCCGACUGCUUCCAAUCGUACUUUUUCUUCUGCUGCAGGGUCGCCUCCACCACGUUCUACUACCGACUCGCCGCCCCCACUACCACCCCGACAACCGUUCAACCCCUGCGCACAGCACGACGUAUACUCGCUCGGGAUGUUGUUUGGGAGGUUGAUCGACGAGGCUGGCUCUCGUUCGAGGGGUGCUGAGUCCGUUGCUGAGCCGCAGCCUCAGGUACUUGAACCCGAAUCGGAUAGUGUCCAACCCGAGUCGCAGUCCAAGUCUACAUCCCAGGAUGUCAGAACCUCUCAAGACGUCAGAAUAUGUCAAGACGUCCAACCAUCCCAAGAGCUUCCCCGCGUUCCCCCACACAAACUCAAACCCGACCUCAACCUCAAACUUAAACUCAAACAGACCCUUGAAGCCCAUUUCACGCUUUUGGUGCAGGCUAUGACGUCUGGUGGGUUCACGGCUGAUGAGUCGAGGCGGUUGUGUGAUAUGAUUGCGGGGAAGUGGGAGGGUGGGGGGCGGUUUACGUUUGAGGUGUGUGGUAGUUGUAGUAGUAGUAGUAGUGGGGGUGGGGAGGGAGGGGUGAGUGAAGGGGUGAGUGGAGGGGUUGCGGAGGGAGGUGUAAGUGGGGACAGAGGUGAGGGUGGGGAGGGAGGUAGAAGUGGGGAGGAACCCGCGGAACACGUUGGCGCUACAAUGUUAGAAACAACGUCUGGUGGUACGAGUGGUGGAGUAUGGGUGGGUGAGAAGGGGAAGGAGGCGCGUUUGCGGUUGGAGGAUGGGCGAGGGCGAGCUGAAGGGGCGGUGUCAAGUGGAGGUGUAUCGAGAGGGGGUGGAUCAAGGGGAGGAGGAGGAGGAGAAGGUGACGCAAGGGAAGAACGAGUACAAGAGGAACGUGAUGGAAACGAAGAUGAAGAACAUGAACAUGAACGCGCCCAUGUCCAUGCCGUCCAUUCGAAGGACUACGGCCACCCACUUCUCCAUCCCCAACUCCGCGAGCCGUAUCCCUACCCGUCGCCACAGCGCUCGCCGAGAUCUCCUGGUUUUGACAUUCCUUCGACAGUUCCAUCCGGAGACAACCACCCUCGAUCUCGUGAACACGUAUUCGAAGAACCUAGGCCGCAUCGAACACAUGGCAAAGGCAAGAAGGAUGGCGACGAAACGGCGAGUACGACUGUUGCAGCUCGACCCGACCGACCACCCGUGUCCCACGUCCAUUCGUCCAGGAUGCUCCAUCGGCCUGCGGUACGUGUGUUCGUUGGUGGGAAUGAGUCGGGGGCGAAAGGUGUGGGUGGUGAGGAUGAGGAGGAGGAAGACUCAGACCAAGAAUUUGAUAUUAACGAGAUUGAGGAGGACUAUACGCACCCGAAUUAUUAUUAUGAUGGGUCGUUUGACUCGGAUCAGGGUGAGGGGUUUGGACGUAGUGAUGUUGCGAAGGGAUCUGCGUUUACGGGACGUGGUCAUCGUCAUCGUGGAAGGGAGGACGUCGGGGGUGGGGGUGGAGACGGUGAUGGGGACGGUGAUGGGGAUGGGAAUGGGAAUGUAGAUGAAGAAGAGCAAGAACGAGAACGAGGAUGGAUCCAACGCGGUCGAGCGGGAACGUUUGUUGCGCAGGUUGCCAUUCCGCAUUCUGCGGAUCUCAAGGAGAUUGGGAUUAGUGCUGGGGCUGUGACUGAAUCCGCUGUGCAUGGGGAUGGUGUUGGUGUUGGCGUUUGGAGGAGGAGGAGCGGGCCUGUUUAUGAUUGA